AUGUCAUCCAGACACGAUGACCGCAGGCACAAGGACAGGAGCUGGGAAAGAGAUGACCGCGAACGGUUCAGAGAGAGAGGAGGUGAGAGGUAUUCGAGGACCAGCAGGGCUGGUGGGCACCGCGACGCAGGUAAGAGACGUGACAGUCGUUCACGAAGUCCUCCUCGCCGAGAUAGAGACCGCCGCGACUAUGGUCGAGAUAGGAAUAGAGACUCGAGAGAUAUACGAGACCGAAACUACCCUCGCGAGGAUCGUCGAGGCGAGAGACGGGAUGACAGAAGAAAUGAAAGAUUGGAUGAUCGCCACGACUCUCUCGCAAACGAUUACAGACAUGAUGAUAAAGCGCGAGGUUCUCGCCACGGACGAGAAGACGAGGGAAAGCCCUUGGCCAACAAAACGGACCUGGUUGGUGAGGCAGGCGAUGAUGCUGGAUCCUCCGGACCCUUAACCUCCAAUGAAGGCGAGUCUAUGGACGAUAUCAACGAUGACGAUGCUGCCAUGAUGGUUGCAAUGGGAAUGUCAGGAUUUGGCUCUACGAAAGGCAAGCAUGUGGAGGGAAAUCAAGAGGGCGGGGUGCAACUCAAGAAGACGAGAACGUGGCGCCAGUACAUGAACAGGCGCGGCGGUUUCAAUCGACCUCUCGACAAAAUCAAGUAG